AUGUUCCUCCUCCUGUUGGUAUCGAGCCUGGGAUUGAAGUUUCAUCAGACAUCUGCUUUAUUCACAGUGACAGUCCCUAAGGAACUGUAUGCAGUAGACUAUGGCAGCAAUGUGACCCUGGAGUGUGACUUUUACACUAGAGGUCAUGUAGAACUUGAGUCAAUAAAAGGCAGUUUGGAAAAGGUGGAAAAUGAUACAUCCUCAUGCAGUGAAAGAGCCACUGUGCUGGAGGAGCAGCUGCCUCUAGGAAAGGCCUUAUUCCAUCUUUCCCAAGUGCAAGUGAAAGAUGCAGGGUGGUACCACUUCCCAAUCAUUGCCUGGGACUACAAGUACCUGACUGUGAAAGUAAAAAAUGUGUGGUUUCAAGGACAAGAAUCCACAGAGGCAUGUCUUCAAUAG